AUGCUUGAUUAUGCAAAUUUAGUAUUUUUAAAUAAUUUUAUUGAAUUAAAAAUUUAUGAAUUUGAGUUUAUUGAAUCCUUACAAAUAGUAGAUAGAAUAAUAUAUUCAGAAGUUAUUGUACUCAAAAAUAUUUGUAAUUCACACUCAUUAAGAUAUAUUUUAUGUCUUAUACUUAAAAUUGGAAAUAUUAUAGGUUAUACUUAUAGUUCAAACAAGAAAAAGAUACAAUGA